GACGAUCUUUUCCAUUUAGAAUAGGAAAAGUUGGAAAUCAGAAGCGAGUCGUUGGUGUGCUGCUCGGUUCGUGGCAGAAGAAAAUACUAGAUGUGUCCAACAGUUUUGCAGUACCUUUUGAUGAGGAUGACAAGGAUGAUACUGUGUGGUUUCUAGACCACGACUAUCUGGAGAACAUGUAUGGAAUGUUUAAGAAGGUCAACGCUAGAGAAAGAAUAGUUGGUUGGUACCACACAGGCCCUAAACUGCACAAGAACGACAUCGCCAUCAAUGAACUGAUGAAAAGAUACUGUCCUAACUCUGUGUUGGUGAUUAUUGAUGUGAAGCCAAAGGACCUGGGGCUGCCCACAGAAGCUUAUAUUUCGGUUGAAGAAGUUCACGAUGAUGGCACGCCGACCUCCAAGACGUUUGAGCACGUGACCAGUGAGAUUGGAGCAGAGGAGGCUGAGGAAGUUGGUGUUGAACACUUGCUACGAGAUAUCAAGGAUACAACGGUGGGCACGCUGUCCCAGCGGAUCACAAAUCAGGUCCAUGGCUUGAAGGGACUGAACUCCAAGCUUCUGGACAUCAGGAGCUACCUGGAGAAAGUAGCCAUGGGCAAACUCCCCAUCAAUCACCAGAUCAUCUACCACCUGCAGGACGUCUUCAACCUGCUACCAGAUGUCAACCUGCAAGAGUUUGUCAAGGCCUUUUAUCUGAAGACCAAUGACCAGAUGGUGGUAGUUUAUCUGGCUUCUCUUAUCCGUUCUGUGGUUGCCCUGCACAACCUCAUUAACAACAAGAUUGCCAACAGGGAUGCGGAGAAGAAAGAAGGACAGGAAAAAGAAGAAAGUAAAAAGGAGAGAAAAGAUGAGAAGGAGAAAGAGAAGGAGAAGAGUGAUGCCAAGAAAGAGGAGAAAAAGGAGAAAAAGUAAAAUGUGUAGUUUUUUUAUUUGUAAAUUAAAAAUCUUGUAAACUAAA